AUAAACAAAGCGGAAGCAGUGAAAAAUAUCCUCGCUCAUUUUUCCUGCUGUGUCCAGGCUGUUCGAGUGAGUCUUUCUGUAUAAAACUGACACAUUGUCGUCGCAACGGCACCGAAACAUGGACAGAUAAUGUUUAUUUAAUUGGAUUUAUGGACGUGGUCCCUGUUAAAAGAUAAUCCAUCACACCAGUGCCCAACUUGGACUGUCACCCAAGACUCUGACAUACACAGGCAGGACACACCAGUUUUGCUUCCUGUGAAACCUAGAGUCCCCCCCACGUCUCCCUUAGCCACCAGCAUGGCUAACAGCACCACAACAGCAGUAAAGGUCCUUGGAGCCCCUGGCCCUGCUGGCAGAAGUAGUCCAGAGGGAUCUCAGGUGCUCAGCAAGAAGAAGCUGCAAGACCUGGUGAGAGAGAUUGACCCAAAUGAACAGCUGGAUGAGGACGUUGAGGAGAUGCUGUUACAAAUUGCAGAUGACUUUAUAGAGAGUGUAGUGACAGCUGCCUGUCAGCUGGCACGUCAUCGCAAGUCCAACACCUUGGAGGUGAAAGAUGUCCAAUUACAUCUCGAGCGUCAGUGGAACAUGUGGAUCCCUGGUUAUGGCUCAGAUGAGAUCCGGCCGUUCAAGAAGGCUUGCACCACAGAGGCUCAUAAACAGAGAAUGGCUCUGAUCCGCAAGACAACCAAAAAAUAGCAAGACUGUACACUAAUAUGUUGUACCAACUCUGUAUUUUCUUUUUUGUUUGUUGUUUUUUUUCGGGGGGGGUUCCCUUUUCAACUGGGAUUUUAUUUUUUGACUGGUAAAAAAGAAAUAGUGGGUUUGGGAGGGGGUACAUUUUUUUGACAUUGGUGUUUGUCAGUUCUCCCUAAUCUUUGAGUGUUUUGCCAGCACCAUCUCACAAUUACGUAACUCGUCCCUUGAUUCAGUUUUGUUGCCAUUUAGCAAAAGUCUGGCAAAACUCUAUUCAUUGCAUUUUUGUCAAUAAACAUUUACACCUUCUUUUGGAUUGUGACCACUGCUGUAUCCAGUAUGCCUUUUGAUACUCCAGAGCAUUUGGAUGUGAAUGUUACAGAUUCAUUUGCCUCCUUAAAAAAGUAUCUUUGGUGUUAUCUUGCCAAUAAUAAAUAAUCAUUAACGUUGAGUAUGAGAUUAUGGCUCCCCUGUUUACCCACUCUACUCAAAUGAUGUUGAUUAUUGUUUUUUUAAAAAUAUAUAAAUAGUUUAUAAUACCAAAUUCCUACUGCACAUGAUAGAUUACAAUACAGUAGAUUAUUUACCUUUGUGUUAGACAUGUACUGUAUGUGCUGUUGUCUAUUGUAACUGAAUGUAGUUGGUUUUAUUACAGUAACACUCCAAACAUCCGUGUAAAUUUUAUUUUUUAUUCUUGUCCAUUUCAGAAAAUUGAAUCAAAAAUAAUGAUAAAAGAAAUGAUCUCCUGAUGUUUUCAUAAUGUCAUUAAAAAUAAUAAAUGAUUGAUAUUACCAAAUGAGGAGAAGUUUGGUCAGACUGACCUGGGGAGAAUACACAUGGUGUCUGCAUUUGUUGGACAAGGUUAUAUCUGAGUUUGAAGGGAUUAGGGAAGACUUUCAAUUUGUAACAAAAAAUGCCCAUAGCGGUUUGGAAGUAAUUUAUUCUUUUUUUGUAGUAGUACACUAAUGUAAAAAGCAUAUGACUACUUGGAAGUUUUUAAGGGUCCAGUGGAGUUAAAACAUUUAAAAAUACAAAAUAUAAUCAAUGAAGUUGCUGUUUUAGAAAGCCAAGUAUACAGACACAACAGUUAACCUGUCAGUGAAUAUUUAAUCUGAGUCUCUGUCUGAUUCUUGGUUGCAGAAACACAACAGGAGACUACCCAUCAGCCAGAUGAAUAGUAAUUGCUAUGGAAACCUCUCACAGCAUUUUAAAAGAACAAUAUCCAAAAGCACCCUGGGGUUUUUGGAUAAUUUAUUUCAACAACAGCACGUUGGUGGUGGGAUGUGUUUUGGGCUCAGCUGCAGGGGAGAGAUAGAUGGGAGUGGCUCACAGGAGCAGUGCCAGGGGUAGUCUAAUUGGCACAGGUGUUACCUGUUGUCUAAUUAUUCUUUCUCCACUUGAUGCAAUAGAAUGCUGGAGCGAAGAAGACACACAUACACACACUGGAGCCAGAAUACAGCAGGCGCACCGGCCCCCCAUUAUAAUUGCAUAUUGAUUGAUGUUUGAGAAACUGGACUGUGCCCUCCGGAAAUACCGGUCAAGUGAGCAGAGGAGUUAAGACUGAGAGACGUGUUUAUGUUGUGAAAGCGUAUGUGUGGUCAAUAAAAAGUGAAGACCUAAAGUUGACAGAA